AGGCAUUUGAAGCGCACGACGGCGUGACGAAGAGCACAGAAGAGAAAGACAAGGGCGAAAAGAGGAGAGUCUAGGCGGCGAAUUCCAGGCGCCUCUUUUUGAGAUAUUUUCUACCAUUCUGCGAUCGAAUUCGAAUCUGUAGUUUACCCUGUUGACGAUCGAUCUGUCGAGAGCGUUCGAAUCUUGUACUCUCUCUCUCUCUCUCUUCCGAUCUAGGGUUUGUUUUUACGAGGCUCUAUUGGAGGGUUAGGUUUUGGCGAUCGAUCUCUUUGCAUGCUCGUUGAGGGCGAUAAAGGGCGACAAUGACGUCUUUCUAUCCUGGUCAUGCCAAUGCGACUCAGGUAGGAACGUACUUUGUGUGUCAGUACUAUCAGAUUCUUCAACAGCAACCGGAUUCCGUCCAUCAGUUCUAUACGAAUCUGAGCUCCAUGGUGCGAUCUGAUGGGGCUGCGACAGAGUCUGCUCAAGGGAUGCUGCAAAUUCACAAUCUUGUCAUAUGCUUAAACUUUAAUGGGAUUGAAAUCAAAACAGCCCAUUUUUUGGAAUCUUGGAAUGGAGGCGUGUUGGUGAUGGUUUCUGGAUAUGUGCAGCUGAAAGAAUAUAGUAUUAGGAGAAAAUUUGUGCAGACAUUUUUCCUUGCUCCUCAAGAGAAAGGGUACUUUGUUCUUAAUGACAUCUUUCAUUUUCUUGAGGAGGAACAUGUACAUCAGCUCCCGGAGUCUGUGUUGGAUCAUGGUGACUUUGAGACCAAACAAGAUGCAACCAACUCUUUGCCAGAGCCAGAAGAAAAUGACUCAAGUGAUAAUAAUACCAUUGAUGAAGUGCCACAGGAAUUUCCUGUUUGUGAUGAAAGAGAAGAUGAAACUCCUCCAGAAGAGCGUACUAUGACACAUCCAAAUGCAAUAAACAACUUAAGGGACCUAUCUCCUACUGCAGAAGAACCAGUAGCAGAAGCAGGGAGGCAAACUUAUGCUUCCAUUCUCCAAGCUAAGGGACAAGCUGGACCUCACCCUACGUCUUUAACCAAGAACUCUCUGGUGGCUCCAGACAGGCAUCACAAACCACCACCAACCACCCAACAAUUGCGAUCUGCCCUGGUAACAGAGAAGUCUAGCUCAAUGUCACUUGAUGAAGCUCUACUAGUUGAGGAUGAAGGUUUCUAUCUAUAUCAAAGGGAAGAAAGAUCAGUCUAUGUCGGAAAUCUUCCAUCAUCCAUUUCAACUUCCGACCUUGAGCAGGAGUUUAAAAACUUUGGGAGACUUAAACCAGAUGGUGUUUCCAUUAGGAGCCGCAAGGAGGCUGGUGUCUUUUAUGCUUUCAUCGAGUAUGAAGAUGCCACUGGAGUACAGAAUGCACUUAAGGCAUCUCCAAUACAGUUAAAUGGGCGACUGAUUCAUGUUGAGGAGAGAAGACCAAAUGGGGGUGCUUCAAGAGGAAGAAGGAGCCGAGGAAGAGGUGGAUAUCAGUCUGAAGUUCCACGGGGACGUUUUGGUGGUCGAAGUUUUGGCAGGGUUGUGGCACAAGAAAUCGGUGAUAAGGAUUAUAACAGUCGCCUGAGAGGAAAUGGAAACCUCCAGCGAGGUCCACGCCAACAACGGGGCAUCUUGGGGAGUCAAGCUCCAAGAAAUGGGCACAACCCAGCAGAAGCUUUGUUUUAGAUAUCUAUUAUGUUAAUGCAUGCAUAUAUUGCGGCCAGCUUCUGCCAAGAGCUGCAAUAAAGUUAUUCUUCUCUCUUUAUAGAGUGUCAAUUUUGUGUUAGCAUUUUAUUAGCGGGUAUUCAGAAGCAGCCCAAUGUUUAUUUUCGCUUUUAGUCUUUUGACUCUUUA